AUGUCAGCCGAUAAGAGAAAAGAACCACCUACCGCCGCGGAUACAACUGGAAUUUUAGUUAAAAGACAAAAGCCAGAAGCCUCAAAUGUGGUCGCUGUAUCCGACACGACGAAAGGCCGUAAUGGGGCUUUAAUACAAACAGUACAACGCACUUCCGGUUUACAAGCCCCGAUCAUGCUACUAAAUGGACAUCAAGGAGAGGUAUUUACCGUGGAAUUUGACUCUGCUGGUCAACAUAUUGCUUCCGGAUCUUUUGAUCGGACAAUCCUGCUAUGGAACACAUACGGUGAUUGCCUUAAUUAUGGUUUGAUGAAAGGUCACAAUGGGGCUAUAAUGGAAUUACAUUGGUCACGAGAUUCAAGCAAAAUCUUUUCUUGCUCUACAGAUAAAUCCGUCGGAAUUUGGGAUGUAACCACUGGAACCCGUGUAAAGAAAUUCAAAGGUCAUACGGCCUAUGUGAAUAGCGUUUCCCCGGCACGACGAGGAAAUGAGAUGCUUGUGAGUGGUGGUGACGAUGGGAUGAUUAAGAUAUGGGACCUUCGUCAAAGAGAUGCAGUUGACACGUUGAGACAACAAUAUCAAAUAACAGCUACGUGUUUUAGCGAAGCUGGCGAUUAUGUUUUUGUUGGUAGCCUCGAUAAUGAAAUCACGUGUUGGGACUUGCGGAAGAAGGAUAUAAUCUACACUCUUAAUGGUCAUAUGGAUACAAUAUCCGGGUUAAGUCUAAGUCCUGAUGGUUCAUGUUUAUUGUCUAACGCAAUGGAUAAUACUGUUCGUAUCUGGGAUGUUAAACCAUUCGUGUCUGGACAUCGUCUCCAAAAAAUAUUUGAAGGCGCGCCACACGGCUUCGAAAAAAAUCUCAUCAGACCGGCAUGGUCAGCUGAUGCAUUACAAAUUGCAUGUGGUAGCGGUGAUCGAACAGUUGUGAUAUGGGAUGUCGCGACACGACGAAUAUUGUACAAGUUACCCGGUCAUAAAGGGUCGGUUAAUGAUGUCGAUUUCCAUCCAAAGGAACCGAUUAUUGUUUCUGGAAGUACAGAUCGUCAGAUAUAUUUAGGGGAGAUCAAUCCGCAUUUAUGA